UCUUUUUUAUUUUUAUUUUUUAUAUCAUAUUUCUUGAUUCAAUUCCUACUUUUGGGUCUUUUAUUUUUCUCAGUUUCAGAGCUGAGGUUAGGAAGUUGAGUACUGUGAAUGAGUAUUUAUGAUGCUGAAAUUAAUGUCUCUUGUUUUCAGUUAGUAAGAGUCUGUUUGGAUUGACUAAUUUUAGAUGCUUUAAAGCCAAAAUAGUUUUUAAACACUUUUGUAAUAUUUGUUAAGAUAAAAAAGUGUUAUUUAAGCACCUAUUUUUAAAUUGAAAUAAUAAAAUAAGCCAAAAUCAAAAGCCAUAAUCCCAUCCAAAUGGUACUUGUGAACACUUUCUUUAACUUUUUAUUGAACUGGUAUUGUGUUUUCUUGGACAUUGGUUGUACUUUUUUUUUUUUUUUUUUUUUUUUUUGUGUUUAAUUUUGAAAUAAAGAUUGAAACUUUGUUUAUCCCUUUGUGUGUAUUGAACUAGGAUUGUGUUUUCUUGGACAUUGGUGGCACUUUUCUUAGUAAUUUUGAAGCAAAGAUUGGAACCUUUUUUUUUUUCCUCCCUUGUGUAAUGUGAUUGUGUUUUCUUGGACGUUGGUUGCACUUUUCUUUGUAAUUUUGAAGUAAAGCUUGGAACUUUGUUUCUCCCUUAUGUGUAUUGAACUGGGAUUGUGUUUUCUUGGUACUGGUUGGACUUGACUUUGUAAUUUUGAAGUAAAGAUUGGAACUUUGUUUCUCCCUUAUGUUUAUUGAACUGGGAUUGUGUUUUCUUGGACAUUGGUGGCAAUUUUCUUUUGUAAUUUUGAAGCAAAGAUUGGAACUCUUUUUUCCUUUGUGUAGUAAACUGGGAUGCUGUUAGCUGCCUUUUUUCCAUCUGUUUGGGAGCAGGUAGCUUGACUGGUUUCUCUUUCCUGCCUUUUACUAACUUUCUUGGAGGAAUUCUCCUAAAUUUUUUGGUGUAAUUACUUAGAUUUAUUUCAUUUGUUGAACUAGGAUUUUUUGGGAAUUAUUACUCAAAUCUUAUGCACAAGGUAGAAUCUUGUUCCUUCAAACUUGUGACUUAUCAAUUGGGAGUGGAGUUGUCUCACCAGCUGAGCAAAUCUAUCUUGUCUCAACGACGAGAUCUUUGGAAGUGUCCAAGUUUUUUAUUUCAAUCUUAUAGGCAAUCAAAUCUUGAGGCAAGGAGAAGCUUUUUUUAGCUUGUGUAAAUUUGAUUCAAUUCCAAAUAAUGGAUACGGGUAGCAAGAAUGAUACUGAGCGACAAAAGAGGAACGACGAUGCUACAAAUUUUCAGUCACGAAAUAUGUCCUUAGACUGGCAAUUAAGUGGAAGCAACCUGACAAAUGCAUCCAUGGGGAUGAUCGCUAGUAGCAAUCGUUUGGUAGAUUCAUUUUUUCCCACUAUUUGGGAUUGGCCUACCAAUUCGUCAAACUUAAGUUUCUAUGGUACUAAUGCUCAAAUCAAUCCUUGCACUACAAAUCCACACGAGUUUGCAGCACUUGCCUCGGGCCCACCGAAUGCAAUGCUGAAAGGGGGCUUGUUUGUACCGUCUAUUCCUGGAAUGCUUCCUCAAAGCUUAGCUCAGCUUCCAGCUGAUUCAGGAUUGAUUGAGAGAGCUGCAAGGUUUUCAUGCUUCAGUGGAGGAAACUUCAGUGAUAUCAUGAACAAUUUUAGCGUCCCCGAGUCUAUGAAGCCUUGUUAUAGGGAACAAGCGCCAACGUGGAGACCGGAAGAAACUGUGAACCCUCAGAAGCAGAACAUGAGAAAUGGGGUUGAAAAUUCCAAGGAUGUUUCUUUACUUAAUAAGAACAAGACUAAUGAACAAAGGCCUCUCAAGAAUGAGAAGAAGAAUGAAAACUUUAAUAUCUCUCGGGAUGAAGGAAAAAAAUCAGUUGGAUUGUCUGGAAAUGAAUCUGACGAAGCUGAAUGUAGCGGCCGUCUAGAGGAAAUGGGAACAGCCGGCUUGGAGUCUUCCACAAAGGGCGGCCUUGGCUCAAGGAAAAGGAAAAGAUAUGGUCAGGAUACCGAGCUUGAUCGAAUAAAGGGAGCACAACAGCUGCCAGCUGAACCUGAACAAGAACGAACCGAAACUCAGAAAGGAGAGGACAGCUUGAGUUCACCUGCCAGCAAGAAUGGUGGAAAAAACAGUAAACAGAGGUCUCAAUCUUCAGAUCCACCUAAAGAAGAAUACAUACAUGUUCGAGCUCGAAGAGGCCAGGCAACGAACAGCCAUAGUCUUGCAGAAAGAGUAAGGCGAGAGAAAAUAAGCGAAAGAAUGAAAUAUCUUCAGGAUCUUGUACCUGGUUGCAACAAGAUUACUGGUAAAGCUGUAAUGCUCGAUGAGAUCAUUAAUUAUGUUCAAUCUCUGCAAAGACAGGUUGAGUUCCUCUCAAUGAAGCUUUCAACAGUAAACCCACAGCUAGAUUUUAAUCUUGAUGGGCUCCUCGCAAAAGAUAUCCUCCAGUCACACGCAGGUCCUUCAUCCUCAUUUGCUUGUCCACCUGAUAAUGCGAACAUGACUUAUACUUCUUUGCACGGAUUGCAAUCUGGUCUGCUUCAGUCAGGCUUUCCUGGUGAUGGAAAUUGUAAUGAUGCGUUCCGUAGAUCCAUCAAUCCCCAUUUUGCCUCUAUGAAUGGUGGCUACAGGGACCCUUCAUCUGAGGUACCUAAUGUAUGGCGGGAUGAUCAGCUGCAUAAUGUUGUGGAGAUGGGAUUCCAUUCAAGUGCGCGCCUCGAUUGUCAGGAUUUAAGUUCUUUUCCACCCGACCAGAUGAAAGCAGAACCUUGAAAUGUUUCAAACAGUCAACUGGAUAAACUUUCUGUUUCUUUGGGUAGUAAGUUGCAUAGAUAAUCUUGUUCAUUUUGGCACUGAGAAAGUUAAAAUAUUUGGGAAGUUAUCACUCGGAGAGCUCCCUGUCUUGUACAGCAAGUCCACAAAGUUCCUUUUUAUGUUCAUUCUAUAUAAGUCCAAGUGAAGAUUUACACACACGAUCAAAAUUCUUCCAUCAACAAAUGCAAAUGAGGAUUCAAGAUUAUGCGCUCGGGAUACUAUGUGCAUGGGAGAAUAGUCAUUCAUUCAUGUUUAGUUAUACUCUUUUGAAUCAUUGAAGAUGAAUGAUUGUACCCUUAAUUAUUGGAAGGAACUUGAAAAAUGUGUGCUUUGAGUGGAAGAUAAUGAAGUUUCAUUCGCAAA